ACUUUUUUGCUCGCAAGAAACAUGAUGAUGGUUAUCCCAUCACCAACAAUAGCACUGACGAUUUGAAAGACUCUGGAAGUCCUGCUAGAUUGGAGCUAAACGUCAACACAGGUUUGAAUCUUCUUACUACUAAUACUAGCAGUGACCAGUCGAUGGUAGAUGAUGGGAUAUCGUCGAACAUGGAAGAUAAGAGAGCUAAGAGUGAGUUGCAGCUAGCUGUUCUCCAAGCUGAGGUAGAACGAAUGAAAGUGGAGAAUCUACGGUUGAAAGGCAUGUUAAAUCAGGUUACUAGCAAUUACAAUGCAUUGCAGAUGCAUUUAGUAACACUUACGCAGGACCAAAAGUCUCAUCACAAGAAUGAACAACAUGAUGGCAAAAAUAAAAAUAAUGGGAUGGUUCCAAGGCAGUUUAUGGAUCUUGGUCUAGUUGCUGCUGCUGCUGGUGACACCGAUGACCUUUCUCUAUCUACAUCAGAAGGGGGAAGGAGCCGUGAUCGAUCGAGAUCACCUGGAAAUAAUGUAGAGAAUAAUAAUGAAGAUGGGACACUAAUGUUUGAUCAAGAUAAGAAGGGAUUUGCUAGGGGAGCUGAUCAUAGAGAGGAUAGCCCAGGUCAAGGCUGGGCCUCUAAUAAGGUUGCUAGACUUAACUCGGCGAAAACUAUUGAUCAAACGGAGGCUACAAUAAGGAAGGCCCGUGUGUCUGUUCGAGCUAGAUCUGAGGAUGCCAUGAUAUCGGAUGGAUGUCAAUGGCGGAAGUAUGGACAGAAGCUGGCAAAAGGAAAUCCAUGUCCUCGAGCUUAUUAUCGGUGCACCAUGGCCGCUGGUUGCCCAGUUCGAAAACAGGUACAAAGAUGUGCAGAAGAUCGAACCAUCCUCAUAACUACAUACGAGGGCAAUCACAACCAUCCUUUGCCUCCAGCUGCUAUGGCAAUGGCAUCAACGACAUCAUCAGCCGCAAGAAUGUUGUUGUCAGGCUCCAUGUCAAGUGCUGAUGGACUAUUGAACUCAAAUUUCCUUACCAGAAGUCUUCUCCCAUGCUCCUCUAAUCUAGCUACUAUAUCAGCUUCAGCCCCAUUCCCUACAGUUACAUUGGACCUAACCCAAAAUCCCAACCCUCUACAGCUCCCAAAGCAACCAACUCAAUUUCAAUUCCCAUUUCCAAACGCACCUCAAGAUCCUGCCAAUGCUUCAGCUACUGCAUUGCUGCCUCAGAUUUUUGGACAAGCACUCUACAAUCAAUCAAAGUUCUCUGGCCUGCAAAUGUCUCAAGACAUGGAACCUCAUCGAUUGGGGCAACAAUCACAACCUGCAUCCCAGCAAAAUCCAUUGGCUGACAGUUUGGCCGCAGCAACUGCUGUCAUUGCUGCUGAUCCUAACUUCACAGCAGCGCUAGCAGCAGCAAUUACCUCAAUAAUUGGUGGUGCUCACCAAAACAUUAUUAAUAGUACUAAUAACGCUCAGACAACCAGCUUGGGUGAGACUUAG